AUGCGGAGGCCUAACUGGGAGCAAACGCAGGAGCAGACAGAAACAUCCGGACAAGAACCGACUGAGCACAUGGAUCCACUUGAGUACCCAGUUUGUAAUGACUUAAUGCCUUAUUAUAGACUGAGACGGGAACUUGUCUCACGAUACUUCUACUCUCCGUAUGAAGCGAGACUGCAACAUGGAGCAGAAUACUUUCGCUCUCUUUAUGAAGUGGGAGAAAGAGUGAAAUUGGCAGGCCAUGUCCAUGAAGGAAUAAGAAGAUCGGAUGGCCAACAAGUGCUCAUCAAAUUUGUGAGGAGGAAAUUUCCAGAAAGUACGCUGAUAUUGCCUGAUUUUUUCAGACCUCUGUGUCGCGAGGCGUUUGUAAUGUUGGUGCUUCAAAGGCCUCCGACCUGCGACCAUGUCAUACGAUUAUAUGACUGGUUUAUUAUGGAGGAAAAAGACGUCUUGAUCAUGGAAUAUGCCUGCCCCUGUGUGCAUCUGACUAAGUUCAUUAGAAAAAACAGAGGUCACUUCAAUGAAGAAAUCGCAAGACGCAUCAUGCUUCAGCUCACUGUCACACUGUGUCAUUGUGUUGAUCGUGGUGUUUGUCCUGCCCCAAGUUUGAGAAAUAUUGUCAUCAGCCCGGACACACUGCGGCUAAAGUUAUUAGACUUGAAACGUGCACGCUACGUCCCAAGAGCAUUAUAUCUCCCAAGGCUCAAAGUGACAUUAGUAAUAUGGGCAGUUGAAAUCUUAAUGAAGUUGAUGAAAAAGCUUGUCAGAGGAAUUCCGGUGGAAGAAAACCUUUCUGAAGAUUGCAGCGAUCUUCUUCAGAAACUUAAAAUGAUGAAAAGAGAAGUAUAUACGAACAGAAGAUUAUCGAUACCAGACUUCUUUAAGGACAUUACAGAUCAUGCUUGGUUUAAAGAACCUUCCACAACUGAAAAAAGUGGAUGUUCCCCUGUUCGUCAGCAGCUCUCACCCACGCUUCACUCUUCUAACUCGGGACGUCUCCCUUCCAGCCCUGCAGCUGAGUCUCGGGUUAGACGUUAG